UUACGACCCUCGGUUAAGACAGUAUCAGUAUCAGAUAAUAAGGCAGUAUCAGUUAAUAAGGCAGUAUCAAUAUCAGUUAAUAAGACAGUAUCAGUAUCAGUUAAUAACACAGUAUCAGUAUCAGUUAAUAAGGCAGUAUCAGUAUCGGUUAAUAAGGCAGUAUCAGUAUCAGAUAAUAAUACAGUAUCAGUAUCGGUUAAUAAGACAGUAUCAGUAUCAGAUAAUAAGACAGUAUCAGUAUCGGUUAAUAAGGCAGUAUCAGUAUCAGAUAAUAAGACAGUAUCAGUAUCAGUUAAUAAGACAGUAUCAGUAUCAGUUAAUAAGGCAGUAUCAGUAUCGGUUAAUAAGGCAGUAUCAGUAUCAGUUAAUAAGGCAGUAUCAGUAUCAGUUAAUAAGGCAGUAUCAGUAUCAGUUAAUAAGGCAGUAUCAGUAUCAGUUAAUAAGGCAGUAUCAGUAUCAGUUAAUAAGGCAGUAUCAGUAUCAGUUAAUAAGGCAGUAUCAGUAUCAGUUAAUAAGGCAGUAUCAGUAUCAGUUAAUAAGGCAGUAUCAGUUAAUAAGGCAGUAUCAGUAUCAGUUAAUAAGGCAGUAUCAGUAUCAGUUAAUAAGGCAGUAUCAGUAUCAGUACAUUAUUGA